AUGUUUAACAGACACCAACAAAGGCAGCAUAAACCAGUUCAGCGCCGUAAAAAGCAUUUGCACCAUUACCGUCACCAACCACAACAACACAAUCAACAAUCUGAACAUUCGAAACAAAAUCAAAGGCAACGACAAAAUUUUCAACAAAAGCCAAAUUUGCCGCUGCAUCAAAUUACCCGCGAAUUAAAACAACAACAACAGUGGCUACAACAAAAUAACACCACAGCCAACACAGAUGACAUUAAUCUUUCAAACAACAUUAAAAACACAUUAAGCAGCAAGAACAGCACCCGAAACAAAAACGACAGUUUCAGCAACGACAACAAUGACAUCAAGCACAACUGUAGCAACACUAACAUCAACCAUUGCAACAACAACCUUCCUGACGGCCAGCAAGAUAACAUGAAGAACAGCAACAUUAUUGCUGAUGACUUGAACGUGCAAGAGGACAACAUCAUAAACGAUGGCAGUCCAACAAAGGGGACCAUUAGCGUGAGGCGUGUUAAAAAAGGUAAGAGAACGCUAAAAGUAAGUGCACUUGUCGCUGACAACAACAGCUUGACUCAACAAAACAACGACAACGACAUCGUCAGUGAUAACAAACACCACCACCAAGAACAACAACGUGCACCAGCAUCACACAAGGGCAACAGGAAUAUAACAUCGACAGCCCAACUUUAUUGCUACAUGAAUGGUCAUCUGAUCGAUUACGAGCAGAUGAAACUUUAUUUUCUAUCUAUCUUGACCUCGCAACAAAAUCAACAACAAACUAAUCCGACACAGUCUCAAACGCCGCCAACCAAUCAACGCCCUCGACCAAAACCUUCCGACACUCACCAACCAAUCAGGAAAGGUCAGCCUCAUAUCAACUACGGCAAAAAUUCGAAAUUUGCUUCGAAAUCUCGAGAUUACGACGACGAGAACGAACGACAAUACGACAGUUCGCUAGGGGGAGGAGUUUCACAGGACAAAGACCCAAACUAUUGGCUGGUGCCACCUUUCCUCAUCGGGGCCUCCAGCAUCGUCUUUGCUUACGUCAUCAUUCACUGCCUCUACACCUACUGCCACUGCAACGGCAACAGGAAUGCCAGGAACUGCAAAAACAAUCACAACGCUAAUCAGAAUAGUUAUAACAACAAUAAUAACAACAAUAAUAACAAAAAUAAUAACAAUAGGUCGAGGUCGAAUCGCAAGCCAACUGUAAGGAGAGUUCAUCUGAUGAAUGCGCCAGUGGGUGCUGGAGGUAAUAUUGCGGUGGGCGGUCUGGGGAGUAACGUAAAAAUUAGGUCGAUACCGACCCACCAGCAUGGUUACCCCACCAAACUCCCACCGAACCACCCCAUUCCUACAAUUCUUUUCAGCAACAACAACAACGAUGAAACAAAAAAUGACGUCAUCUCAACACAAACUUCAACAACUGCAACAACAACAACAACAAAAACAACAAUCACAACGGCUCCCACCCCUCAGAACAACGCUUCAAACAUUCCCGCAUUUUUGGACAGCUUGAAAGAUUGUAGCGAAGCGACGUCUACCUUCGGUUACGACAAUUCAUUGCUCGGGUUCGACAGUUUCUCCAUAUUGAACCAAGCCCACCGCCGAUAUUCGCACGUCCUGCCGAUCGUGAGCUACAGCGACGCCGACGACAUGUCGCUGACUAACAAGACCGCCAACAACACCUUGAAUACGAAUCUCGAUAGCACAAACGCAAUUUUUAGUCCGAACGCAAACAGCGAUGCAUUCAACAGCAUUGCAGUCAGCAACAACUCCUUGAGUCCCAAUCAGGUUUUUGAAACAAGACCAUUCCUCGUUUUUGAGUCGGAUGAUGAUGAUGAUGAUAAUUUUGAUGAUAACGAUGAUGACGAAAGUGAAGCGCUAUACAAUAGCAAUGAUAACAAUAACGAUGGUGAUGGCGACGCAAAAACAAAAAAGAAGAAAAGCAAAAAAGACAAAAAAAUGAAAAGUGAAUCGCAAUCGCAAUCACGCAGGAAGAGCGCACUUUUGCAGAUACCACAAGCGAUCGGCAGACGAUUAUCGCAAACACGAUUCAGUUUUUCAUCAAUAACAAACGAGAGAAACAAUGAAUCGAAAUGUAAUCGAGUCAGUCGCCAGCCUCGGGCCAGCAUCUGCUUCCUCCCCGUGGCAAGAACUGUCAGCGAUCCAAGCUGCUCUAUGUUGCAAGUUGUUGUACCGACCCAAUCCAAUUCAUCGGUCUUUCUCAAUCCCAACUCCUCCCAAAGGUCAUCCAUUUUAAUUGCCGAUCCCUUGCAGCAGCAACAACAGCAGCUGACGCAACAGCUUCAAUCAGUACAACAGCUGCUGCAGUUUCAACAGCAGCUACAAAUGCAGCAGCAGCAGCAACAGGUACAACAACAGCAAAUGCAACAACAUUUCAUGCUUGGCGAUGAUUCGGCAAUAGCUUCAAACACAACGAUUUCAUCAACAAUAACGACAACAGCAUCAUCAUCAACAACAACAUUGGCAACAUCAAUUACAGCAAUACCAACACUUCUAAUAUCGUGCGCUACGGAAACAUCACUGAACCAGUUCAACGAAAACAAUUUAGAAAGCAACAACUUCAGUAAAGACGACAUCCACCAAGAUGACAACAAAAUGCCUCAAAACAGCAACAAACCAGCAACAAACUCUAACAACAAAACUACACACACCAACACAAACAUCAGCAACGACAAUAGCAUCUUUCAGUCUAGCGAACUUUUAUUCAAAACGCCGGAACUAGAUUGCGGCCAACCGGAAAUGACAAAGUAGAUGUGAUGACGUUGGAGUACAAAAAUACUACAUCCGGCCAACAAACGCACGAAUACUAUCAUUUAUGUGACGCUGGAUUAGAAAAAUUAUUUUUAUUGACAGCGGACGAAAUUGCAUCUUUUUGUCUUGAUGUUGUUUGUUUUUGUCGCAGAUGAUGUUAAUUGAUGGUAUGUUGGAAAACUGUCAAAAAUUUUACAAUUUUGCUGAAUGGAGAACAUGUUUUGGUUUUGUAAAUUAGAUGUUGCUUCUAAAAAUAACUAAUUAUUUUCGUUCAUAUUUUCAACGUCAACAUUCAAGUAAGUAAUUUAUUUCAACCUAUUCAUCAGAUUCUUCAUCACUCAACGAACAUUUCCCAUUCACUGAUCAGUGAAAUGAAAUAAUUUGAUUGGAAAAAAUGAAAUAAAAAUAUUUUUGGAACACCGAAGCAUCCUACCGAUUUUCAUUUUGUUGAAUAAUUUCAGUACAUAUCAACCGGCAAAUCUUAUUUUUCAACAAUUUGAAUGCAUUCUUGUGUUUUACAUUAGCACUUCGCAAUUUAUUACAUUAGUUACAUCUCUUCAUAAUUAGUUAAUUAACCAAUUAAUUAAUUAAUCAAUUAUUUUUAAUAUAAUCAAACCCUUGUAUAGAGAGCUUUUUUGAUAUUUCAUAACAUUUUUUAAGAAUUUUAAUCUUUAAAUAAUCAAUUAAACACUUCUUUAUUGAUAUUUGAAUUUAUAAAAUGAUAAAAUUGAUUGUUUUAAAUAGUUUAAAAUAUUUCAAUUAAUUAAUUUUUAAUUAUACCCUUUAAAAUUGCAUAUUUUCUUUUGUAGCGUUAGUUGAAACAUUAAAAAUACGUAUGUUUUAUCUCAUUUGGAAUGAACUGAUAAAAAAAAAAUAUAAAAAA